AUGGAAGGGAACGAGCGUCACGAGGGAAAGCAAAAGAUUUUGGCAGUCCUAUACAAGGCUGGGGAGUAUGCCAAAAACAAGCAGUUCCUGGCCUGCGCUGAGAAUGGACUCGGGCUGAGAGAGUGGCUGGAGAAACUGGGACACGAGUACAUUGUGACAGACGACAAGGAUGGACCCGAUUCUGAGCUGGAGAAGCAGCUGCCCACGAUCGACAUCCUGAUCACGACGCCCUUCCACCCGGCAUACAUGACCAGGGAGCGGAUCCAGAAGGCCAAAAAACUGAAGCUCAUCAUCACCGCGGGGGUGGGCAGCGACCACAUCGACCUGCACGCGGCAGCCGAAAAGGGCAUGACGGUCGCCGAGAUUGCCGGGAGCAACGUCACGAGUGUGGCAGAGGACGAGAUCAUGCGGAUCCUGAUCCUGAUUCGCAACUUCAUCCCCGGCUACAUGCAGAUCAUCCACGACGAGUGGAACGUGGCCGCGGUCGCUUACAAGGCGUACGACCUGGAGCGUAAGACCGUGGGCACGCUGGGCGCCGGCAGGAUCGGCCAGGAAAUGAUGAAGCGCCUGCAGAGCUGGAACUGCAACCUGCUGUACUACGGGCGCCACCAGAACGAGAACAUCGAGAAGUUCGGCGCUACGUUUGAGAAGGACCUCGACACCUUCCUCAGCAAGUGCGACGUCGUGUCAAUUAACGUGCCCCUCACCGACAAGACCAGGCACAUGAUCGGCAAGGAGCAGCUGGCCAAGAUGAAGAAGGGCGCGUACCUGAUCAAUAACGCGCGCGCAGAAAUCGUGAACCGCGAGGCGAUCGUGGAGGCGCUCGAGAGCGGCCAGCUCAACGGCUACGGUGGGGACGUCUGGUAUCCCCAGCCGCCGCCCAAAGACCACCCUUGGCGCCACAUGCCUAACCACGCGAUGACCCCCCAUCUGUCGGGAACUACGCUCGAUGCUCAGGCUCGCUACGCUGCCGGGACCAAGAAGAUUCUCGAGUGCUGGUUUGAUGGAAAGCCUCUUCCUGAGGAAGAUUAUAUUGUGCGGGAAGGAGAGCUUGCUCCCCAGUAUCAGUAA